UGUUUACAUAGGCCACGCUGCAGUCGCCACUGGGUAAUCACAUGUUAUCGCCUGUCCAACUUUUUGACAUGUAUACACCAGCUAUCACAAAGGGUUUUGUUUGUCAAAGGAGAGAGGAAAAAAAACUUUGUUUUCCCGACACUCCUACAUGCGCCUGUGCUUGUGGUUCAGUGGUCUCCAGAGGAUUAUGUGUGGCAGUGAAGUAUUUUAACCCUUUAACACAUACAGUAUUUUCACCUUUUGUAAGGUUUGAGGAUGGGUGGACGUUUGCCGAAGCCUUCAGUGUCCUCUCCAUUUAGCCUCCUUUUUAUUUUUUACUGUUUCACAGCAUUAUAUAAACGUGACAAAUGUCAAGCUCUUUGGCCCUGAUUACACACGGCUCAAUUACAGCCGUGUGUCACUCCUCGCUUAGGCCAUUACAUAAGGGGAAAAAAAAAUCUGCAGCUUGAAAGUUGGCUAAAGUGCAUCUGAGGCGCAUCAUGCUUCAUAAAUCACGUUGUCUCCACUGUAGAGGAGAAUGGCUCUGGUUAACUGUUUCCUUCCUCUUUGAAACAAUAAUCAAAUAUAAACACCAUUAAGCCAUAGUGCAGGCGGUGUUUUGUGUAGAAUUGGUUUACUUGAACUUUAUUGCAUCGCUGAGUGCCCCAUUAAGAUACAGUCGAAAGUGGCAUAAUUGCUUCUGAAGAACUCCGGGCAAAUACGGUCUAUUGAUACACACCAGCGAGGUAAAAGCCCGAUCUUCCUGUAAUUUUUCCUGAAAAAUAAGUAAAUCGCGUUCGUCUCCGCGUUGCGUAAAGGCGACACCGGAGAGCUCGAGGGCUGUGGAGACACGCUCCACGCGCACGGCUGUUAAUUGAGUUCAGUCCAGUCACUCCAGCCUAAUUGAUUUAAUGGCGCGAGCACACGCCGCCGCUGAAGCCUAAUGACCAGCAAACACCGGCGAGAGUGCAGCGAGCGAAGUGGCCGCAUGAGCUCUUGUUUGUUGUCGCCAAGAUACCUGCGUGCGGAGAUCGUGGGUCCAUGCGUGCGAAAUGGUGUUAAAUGAUGCAUUUACAAAAGUAUAAUGGGCGCGUUUUAAACGUUAGAGGGGGGAAAAGCAGAUAAAUGAAAAAAGUGGGCUGUGUGUGGUGUUUGAGCUUUUCGCCAGAGUUUCCAAGACAACUGUUUCUCCAUCCACGUCUCUUAUCUGGCGGGUCAACCAAUGUUUGCGCCCAUACGUAUCGAUUUAUCAACCUCAGUGUGCACACGAGAGAUAUAUCCAUAUAAAAUGUCGAUGGCUGUGCUGUUUGAGGACAAUCCAGCUUGCCUUGCGUGAGAUUCGUGCUCCUUCCAGACGCUCUUGAUUAAUAACUCCCUCUUUUGCCCCACAUGUGGAAGGAGCAGUUGCACGGUCACCUGUUUUUGUUGUUGUUGCUGCUGCUGCUGUUGGGGUCAGACACAGGUGGAUGCCAGGUAAACCUUGCGGUAUUUACAGAGUAGCAUUGAUUUACGCGCUCUUGUUCAGUUGGCUGGAAAAAAAAGCUCACAGAGCUGCAGAAUAUCCUGGAAACUGGGAGCUAUCGGCCUGCCGUUUUUGAGCAAAUAGUGAAACCAAUGGCUUGGGCGCUACAGGAUCACAUGGUGGCAGAGUGACACACCUGUGUGGAGCAGUAAGGGCCUCGCAGUUGCGCCUGAGGCAGGUAGGGCUGAAGGUUUACGCCGAGGUAGGGCGCAGGUUACGGUGCGUGUGUGUGCGCAAACGGCCCCCCUGCAGACACGGGUCCUCGCCAGCCAUGAAUCGGGAAGAUCACUUUUAUCCCUCUCAGGUUUUUAAAGACUCCUGCGCGUACCAGAGAUCACAGGGUGAUGACUACAGCCACAGCAGCCCGCCACCCUGCCUCUACAUGAGCAGGCAGGUCCACUCCGUCUACACACCGCCGUCCAUGGGAGCCUUGGAGCAGGCCGGCCUUCCUGACAUUGCUACCACUUACAGUUUGCCGAGUAUGCGGGAGGAACCUGGCGUACCCCAGCUCCUCCACCACCACCAGCACCAGCAGCAACAGCAGACCCUCCAGCCGCCUCCAGGCUACAGUGACCCCGUGGAACAGAGCAGAUAUCACCUGCCAUUCCCCUGGAUGAAAACCACUAAAUCCCACUCACACACCUGGAAAGGACAGUGGGCAGGGUCAUACGUGAUGACUGAGAAUGAAGAAAACAAACGCACGAGGACUGCGUACACGCGCGCCCAGCUGCUGGAGCUCGAGAAGGAGUUCCUUUUCAACCGCUACAUCUCGAGGCCGAGGCGCGUGGAGCUGGCGCUGACCCUCAGCCUCACCGAGCGCCACAUCAAGAUCUGGUUCCAGAACAGGCGCAUGAAGUGGAAGAAGGAGGAGGACCGGAGGAGGGCGAGGGGGGCCGACCCCGACCAGGACUCCUCCAUCACCUCUGGAGACCAGGGGGAGGCCGCUGGAGGGGUUUCCUCCUCAAACGGACCACACCCCACCACACCCCCCGUGUCCCCUCUGCACGGUCUGUCUGCCUCCGGCUCCAGAGAGAGCGCAUAG